ACUUACGGUGCUCUUGACGGGACCGGCCUCACUCGAGUUCUGUUCUGCCUGCGUCCAUUAACGUGCUAUGCUCACUCCCCCAUCUCCUUCAUCGUCCCCCUCUCUAAGCCCUCACGACACCGUCAACACUCGCAAAAGACAGCGUUCCCAAUCGAUGCAGUCUGAACCUUCCUCUUCCUCACCCAAGCGCGCUGUCUCCGAAGACCCGUCGCAAGAUAAUGUACGCGCAUCCCAACCGCAGGGGGUUUCGUCUCUUUCCAUCCGCGACACAGACAUUGAUGCGUACAUGGCCGGGCAAGGAGAAGACGUCCCCGCUAUCACAUCUGCGCCCUCGAGUGUGAUGCCCGCACCUCCGCGGGAGAUGAAACUAAGCUUGGUCGAAUCAUUCAUUCAAUACCCAAUGCACGUCGGUGAUACGUGGUAUGUCGUCUCAAGUUCAUGGUAUCGGCGAUGGCGGAAGGCCGUGUCGAACGAGCUCGACAAGGAGGGUCCGGUGGACGAAAAAGACGUCGGUCCCAUCGACAACACCGAUAUUGUGGUCGCCGGGAGCGACAACAUCAACCAAGCAUUAGGUCCGGACGACUAUGUUCUCGUCCCACAGUCAGUUUGGGUGUGGCUCACUCAAUGGUAUGGCGAGGCCAAGCAUGAGCUACCCCGUAAAGUCAUCGUUCGGGGUGUCCAGGCAGAAGCAACUAUUGAGCUUCAUCCGCCUCGGCUCAAGGUACAUGUCCUUACCAGCAAUGCCGUCCCAGGCGUCAGUAUGCCUCCGCGCUUUGUGACUGUCUCGUCCAAAGACACGUCCGAUACACUCCUCAAGACGUUCUCGUCGUCUGUGGCCGGUGAUGAACCACGACUUUGCAGGGUCUGGAAGCUAUCGGAGGGUGACUCCUCUUGGGAUCAACUCUCUUGCACCCCCGAGCAUCUGAAACAGCGCGGCGGGACGAUUCUCAUGCCGAGUGAACGAACGGUAGACGAAGAGCUCAUAGAGGCAGGAGAUUCCUUCGUCGUAGAGUUCUCGGAAGACGGGAAGUGGAUUGUUAACGAGAAUGAGAUCCCUGCGCAACCCGGUGGUGUAUCCGCAUCGAACUCACAAUCAACUGUUACACAAAGCACGCCGAAAUUGUUUGGCCAGGACGACUUCUGGGGCGCGAUCCAGGCGAAGACUUCCUCGACAAGCGUGAGCAACAUCACAUCGUCUCCUGCGAAGCCGGUUCUAUCGAAUUCGUCAAACAGAAUCGGCUCUUCUGCUGUUGUCACACGGUCUAAAGGCGGAGGGUCGGAACCAGGUACACUCGGGCUGGGUAACAUGGGUAACACGUGCUUCAUGAACUCUGCGCUACAAUGUUUAGUGCACACCCAAGAGCUAGCGGAGUAUUUCCUCACUGGUGUUUUCGAGGAGGAACUCAAUCCCGACAAUCCACUCGGAAUGGGUGGCGCCAUUGCCCAAGCAUUCGGUUCUUUGCUGCAGCGUAUUUGGGCGACAGGCUCCGGUAGCACGUCAUAUUCUCCUCGAGAGUUCAAGCAGGCGCUACAAAGGUUUGCCCCCCAGUUCAGCGGCUACCAGCAACACGACUCGCAAGAAUUGGUGGCGUUCCUACUCGACGGACUCCACGAGGAUUUGAACCGUGUGCUGAAGAAGCCAUAUGUGGAGAAGCCGGAUUGGGAGGGCGGAGGCGACAAGGAGCUGGUCGAGCUUGCAAAUGAGUCGUGGCAAGGCUACAUGAAACGGAACGAUAGUGUCAUCGUCGAUCUUUUCCAAGGCCAGUAUCAGAGUACGCUCGUCUGCCCGGAGUGCUCCAAGGUCUCAAUAACCUUUGACCCGUUCAUGUACCUCACGCUUCCGCUCCCGAUCCAGAAGAAAUGGCGACACGACAUCUAUUACAUACCCUGGGACGUGUCAAAACCGCAUGUCAAGGUCCCUGUAGAGAUCAACAGAGAUGCGUCUUUCAAGGAGCUGCGCCAGCUUUUGGGAAGAUGGAUGGAAGCUGACCCUGACCAUCUCCUGACUCUGGAAGUAUUCGGUCAUCGCUUCUACAAAGACCUGGACGACGCCGUAGCUGUAGGAGACAUGGGGACCAACGAUGUCAUAGUCUGCUAUGAACUACCGUGCCAUUCUCAGCAGAGCCGGACGUACAAGCCCAGUCCUGAGGACCCCUUCAUCAUUCCCGUCGUUCUGUGCGACAUCAUCACCCCCCUGCGAUCGUACGGCCGCAACCAGAACCUCUUCGGGUAUCCCUUCGUCGUUGUUAUCACUCGUGAGCAGGCGACUGACUCGGACGCCAUGUACGAUGCGGUAGCCGAUCGCUUGCAGCGGUGGACAGACAACGUCCGGGACCUCUACACUUGGGAGGCGGGCUCGCCGUCGUCCAUGGAGCCUGUGCAGAUCCCGAUCUCGGGCCCCUCAGCUGCGGAUUCGCUCACGGAGAUCACUCCCAAUGGCGACGUGAUCACCGUCAACGAGGCGGCGCCAGAGGAGGGCGACAUCACCGACGAGAAGGGUGCAGUCGUGCGAGAGGACGAGAACAUGGAUGUCGAGCUCGACAGCGAGCCGCGCAAGAUCGGGUUCAAGCGCAACAUCUUCAAGCUGCACCUUCAGACGGGGAACGACAGGUUCAGCACUGGGGUGGGCUCGACCUACGGUUCUAGUCAGCGCUUCGAGGGGUUCGAGCAGCGCACGGAGAUUGCGAAGAAGGCUUCGGGCCAGGACACUCCCGUGCUCCUGCAGGAGGGCGACGCGUUCUUCUGCGAGUUCGACGAGAACAUGAAGGACUACUACUUCGGCGACGGCCGCCACAAGUUCGAAAACACGAAGUGGAGCUCUUGGAAGGAGUUCGUGCAUCCCGAGUAUACUGCGGGGCGGGAGGCGGCUGCCGCGAAGAGGAACCGCGGAAUCUCGCUGCAAGACUGCUUGGACGAGUUCACGAAGGAGGAGAAGCUGGGCGAGGACGACCUAUGGUACUGCCCGCGGUGUAAGAAGCACCAGCAGGCGACGAAGCGGUUCGAUCUGUGGAAGGUGCCGGAUGUCCUUGUCGUGCAUUUGAAACGAUUCAGCAACAGCCGGACGCUCCGGGACAAGAUUGAUGUUCUGGUUGAUUUCCCAGUGGAAGGUCUCGACAUCUCGAGCAUGGUCGGCGAGCGCCAGGUGGCUGAGCGCCUCAAAGAGCAGGGUGUGGACGUAGCAGAGCUUGGCCUGGGCGACACCGAGGAACCGCUCGUGUAUGAUCUCUAUGCCGUCGACGAGCACAUGGGUGGCUUGGGCGGCGGUCAUUAUCGUGCGUACGCGUACAACCACAUCACCGACAAGUGGUACCACUUCGACGAUUCGUAUGUCACCUCUGCUAGCGCGGAAGCUUCUGUGAACGCCAACGCCUACCUGCUCUUCUACCGAAGACGGACGAGUCGACCGAUUGGCGGUAAGAGCCAUGAGAAGAUCGAGGAAGCUCGACAAAAAACCGCAGCACCGUCUCAGCCUGAGGAGGACGGCGCGACACAGCUACCCACUCCCCCAUCCGAGGCCAACGAACAGUAUGUGCUCCCCACGCAGGAGGAGCCAAAACUGCCAUGGCUCGCGUCACUGACGGCGAUGGCGCCUUACAUCGGCGACAACGGCGGCUGGCCGACACCCCAGUCGAAUGCGCGCUCGUCCCCCGCGUCCUCCCCGCCCCCACUGGACGACGGCGAGCCGCCGUCGUUCGAGGAUUCGCAGCACGACGACGUCGUGCAGACGUCGCGCGACCCGCUUGCGCACUCCGCGCAUCAGUUCGACUUCCCCGACCCGUCGUCGUCGUCGAGGAACUCGCCGACGUCGUCUGCCGAGGCGGAGCCUGACCCGGAUCUGGACGACAAGGAUCCGCUCGAGGGGUGGCCCGCGAGCGACCGCUUCGUGUCGCUCGACGAGAUCGUGCCGGCGUGGAUGGCCUCGAACCCGUUUGGACUCCCGUUAGCGACUGGCGUUGGGAGGAAGACACCUAGCGCCGACGUGCCUGGGUCGGACGACGAGGCGGAUUCUUCUGUCGCUGCUGGGGAGGCGAGCAGUGCGAUGUCGGAUAUUGACGAGUAGGCGUGGACUGAGGCUGGACUGUCGGUAGCUGUCGUGUUACGGUGCUUGUGGGCGGCACGCAGAGGUAGAUUGGCUGGAGGACGCUCUAUGACUUACGACCGUGACCAUGAUCGACCACACUUACACUAGUAUUGCAUGUAUGAUAGAAUAAGUGUACUAAGAUGCAACGUCGAACGCUCUGAAUAGCAUUUGUCUCUGACACCGAU